AAACUGAGGGGCAAAAGGAGCGCCUCACCCUAGCGCUGGUUCCCAAUUCGGCCGCGGGGAAGAAGAGAACGAGAGGCUUGAGGGAAAGCCGCCAAGUCCAAUGUCGGACCCUUACGAGCGAGCGAAAGGUGGGAGGCUGACCUUCAAGGGCGGAGCCCUAGCGACCCGCAGCAAGUCCAUCGACAAGAAGCACAAGAAGAAGCGCAAGCAGAAGCUCAAGGAGGACGACGCCGCCGCCGCCGCCGCCGCCGAGGACGGCGAGAUCGAGCAGCCGCGGGUGGAGGAUGGAGGCGACGGCGACGCCGCCUCCGCGGCGGCGGCGGCGGGGGGAGGCCAGGACAUUUACACCAUCGACGCGGCGAAGAAGAUGAAGUACGAGGAGCUGUUCCCCGUGGAGGCGAAGAAGUUUCGUUACGACCCCAAGUUCAAGGCCAAGACCGUCGAGGACGCGCUCGAUGACCGAGUGAAGAAGAAGGCGGAUCGGUACUGCAAAUGAAUCGCCGUCGGGUGAGUUUCGAGAUUCAGGAAACAUGUGCCAUAGAUGCUGAAGCUGCGGUCACUCUUAAUUGCAACUGAAUUACUGAAUGUAUAGCAAACCAAUACUUGUCAUUGAAGGUUAGAUUGGGUUUGUGUUCUUUUGAAGGACAUGGGAAGAGUAACCUUGGUAGUAAGUACAAUAGUCGGUUCGCACACAUUCUCCUAAGGCUGUCCCCGUUUCUACAAUAUGGAGAGAGCUUCUGAUGGAGGUUUUCUGAUUUGUUUUGAUUGCAUGUGGUCGCUAGCAAGACUGAUGGUCUUAAAUAGUGCUUAGCUAAACACAUAGAUUAUGUGCUUUUUGCAUUGCGAUCGUGCUUUCUAUGGACGAUGCAUUUGCUCAUUUUAACGUAAUUAUUCGGUCGUUGGUUC